UAAUAUAUGAACUCGUACUUAUUUUAUGCAGAAAUGUUUAGAAACCAAGUACAAUGAAUUGUUCUCCUCGUAUGGAUAACGAACAAAGAAAUCGCAUUUUUUACAGACAGCCACACGAGCCAAUAUUCACUUAAACUCUUGUUUGUCACGCAAUUGUACUUAAUUUCGAUUAGCGGAGCAUCGAACGACGAAGGACAACAUAACUAGGUCGAGAGCACUGUCCUUCAAAAUGUGGCCGUGGAAAUCUCCUAAUCGUCAACCGGAGUUCAAGUAUGCAUCUGAUAAUUCGAAAUAUUACCCACACCCUCAUCACGGAGUUCAAAUUUCACAUCGUUUGGUGCAGCUCAUGAUGGGAUGCCUGUGCUUUGGUGUACUGUUGAUUUUAGUCAAUAUUUAUCAGUUGAGUAGUAUAACUACUGGGCAGACUGUCGGUGAUCCUGAGUUUGGAAGCUCAAGAAGACCUGUUGUUUGGAUGAAUGCCAGAAAUCUUAGGUCAGGUUACUUGAAACAUGUGAUGGCUGUGUUCAGCAGAAUUGGUUAUACCAGAACUGAAGCAAAAAGCCGCCUGUUUGAUGUUAUGUGGGCCCAUGACUAUCCAUUUGGUGGAGAACUCAAAGAUCUGCUGCUAACCUUAGAGCCGCAUCAAAAGGUUAAUCAUUUUCCAGGCUCUGGAUAUAUUACAAACAAAGUUAGCCUGGCAGUGAACCAUUUUCCAUUUAUUCCUCCAGCAUUUGUGAUACCAAAAGAUACUGACAAGUUUUUAGAAGAGGUUAGGAACCAUCCUAAGAAACUUUGGGUGGAGAAGAGUAAUAACCAUAGAGGAAUACACAUCAAGUCUCCAAAAGAAAUUGACCUUCACAAGGGAUCUGAUGAGAACUUUGUUCAGGAGUAUAUUGCCAAUCCAUAUCUUAUUGAUCAACGGAAGUUUGACAUUGGUGUUUACACUGUUCUAACAUCCAUUGAUCCUCUCAGAGUUUAUGUCUAUGACCAAGAGGUUCUUAUCAGGUUUUGUGAGACAGACUAUUACCCUUUUGACCCAAAUAAUGAAGAUAAGUAUGUUGUAGGAGAUUCAUACACUCAACCUUGGGAGCUGCCUUCUCUGAGGGAGUGGUGGCAGAAAGGAAAGUACAGCCGCAAACUUCUUCUGAAUGCACAUCUUAAAAAAAAAGGUCAAGAUGUUGAUAAGAUGUGGAGUGAUAUUUACAGGGCUAUUGCAGAGGUUUACCUGAGAAAGGAAGCAGAUCUCAUAUCUGCAGGAUCACACUUCAAAUCCACAAGGAACUUCUUUGAGAUGGUCCGCUUUGAUUUCAUCCUUGAUGCUGACUUAAAAGUUUGGCUUAUGGAGGUAAACAUGUCUCCAAAUCUGUCUUCAGCUUCCCACAAUGACAACAAACUGAUGUAUGAACAGGUUGUAUUCAACCUUCUUGGCCUAGUGGGAGUGGCAUCAAAAUUGGACCACAGUUUGAAGUACAGCUCUCCAUCCGAGAAAGACAUGCUUGUUAGCGAUCAGGACAUCCAAGUGUUGUACGAAAGAUGUGCAAGUAGUGAAUGCUCCAAGUCUUGUUAUGAUGAGAAUUGCCGCCUGUGUUUUCCCUGCCUGCGAGAGAAUGAACGCGACUUUAUCAAGGCUUCUUACUUAGAGCACACCCACAGAGGAGGCUUCCGGAGAAUAUACCCCCCCGUAAUGACUCAAAUCGGUGAGGUGAAGAAGGAUGGCCCAACAUUAAGUCUGAGUUCAUCUAAUCAGCUGAUGUUUCAUUGGUUCAAAUCCAUGUGUCUACACGAUAUUUCAUGGUGCGCAUGACUAGUAGCAGCUAUUAAUAAAAGAAAUAAUUUAGCGAUUUCUUCCAUUAUCUCGCUUGACUAUGAAAGAUGUAUCGUUGCUGUGGACUAUUGCGAUCGUUGUACAGUAGGUAACUUAUUUUUUUUCUCGCUAGUUAAUCCUUUUGUCAAGGUUUUUUCUCUUUGGCUUUAUUGUGAGAGACACAGUGGUAUAUAUCGUAGCAAAAACUGCGUUUAGAGUGUCAGCUUAAGACUAUGAAAAGAUGUAUCGUUGCCAUCUUUCAUAGUCAAGCAGAGACUCUGUUCAGGAGCAAUUGCUCGACGGACACUUUUUGCCGGAAUUCGAAUUACAGACAAAACUGCAAUGCAAUGUUAAAGAACAAAUGGAGAAGUAUAGCAGGUAUUUGUAAAAGUGGUAAUUUGUAUUCAAUAUUCUAAUCGCCAACAUGAAAUCAAACAGAAGCUAUUUCAAGACACAUAGUUCAGGUAAAAUUGAAUCUUAAAAACAAAUGUUGAGAUGUUUAGUUGUAAAUAGUUCCUGUUCAUAUCUUUUUAGCCUGGACUCUUUAUACUGAGAAUCAUAUGGACUAAAUUCAAUGACAAGACAGUGGAUAUGUUAUGUUAUGUUUUUUACUUCAAUGUUUUAGUUUUCUAACUCGAUAAAAAUUCUAUCGUGACUCGUUUUUGUACGAGCACACACAAUAAAUAGCUGAGUUGUAUCUCA